AAAUCUCUAGCCACUAGUACCCAACAAUUCCAAAAAGAAACAAGGACUAGUAUCUCCAACCUUGAAGCACAAAUGGGAGAUAUAGUUACAUCCAUAAGCAAGUUGGAAUCCCGUGGUAAACUCCCUUCUCAAACCGAAAAGAACCCAAAUGUCAAUGUGGUGACAUUGAGAAGUGGCAAACAAGCCGGAGAAAGUAGUUCAAAGAAGAAGCCGAGGGAAGAAGAGGAAGAGAUAGAAGUUAUUCCCGUUGAAGUACCUAUAAUCAAGAAUGAUGCACAAGCCGGAGUUCCAAAGAAGGCUGCCCCUCUAGUAACACCAAUAGCCACUCAACCACCGUUCCCCUCCCGACUUUCAACUUCAAAGAAGAAUAUGGAGGAGAAAGAGAUUUUGGACACCUUCCGAAAGGUGGAAGUAAACAUCCCUCUACUUGACGCAAUCAAGCAAAUCCCGAGAUAUGCAAAGUUCUUGAAAGAACUUUGUACCAACAAGAGGAAGUUGAAGGGAAAUGAGAAAAUUUUGAUGAAUGAAAACGCAUCCGCGGUUUUACAAAGGAAACUUCCACCCAAAUGCAAAGAUCCCGGAAUGUUCACGGUUCCUUGCAAGAUUGGGGAUGUCACUUUUAGCAGUGCUAUGCUUGAUCUUGGUGCUUCUAUCAAUGUCAUGCCCUAUUCGGUAUAUGAAUCAUUAAAUGUCGGACCCUUAAGUGAAACCGGUGUCAUAAUCUCUCUUGCGGAUAAAUCGAGUGUCUUUCCUAGAGGUGUUUUAGAAGAUGUCCUAGUGCAAGUGAACCAAUUAGUCUUCCCGGCGGAUUUCUAUGUGAUUGAUCUAGAUGAGCAAGUGUCCUCCAAAUCGGCUCUAAUCUUGCUUGGGAGACCGUUUUUGAAGACGGCUAGGACAAAGAUCGAUGUGUAUGCGGGAAGUUUGACAAUGGAGUUUGAUGGCGAAACAAUAAGUUUUAAUAUUUAUGAUGCCAUGAGAUAUCCUAGUGACGUCUCAUCUUUGUACUUUGUUGAUGUUGUUGAGCCAAUUACUCAAGAAUUGUUUGAGUUGUCUAACGGUGAUAUGUUGGAAAUGAUCUUGAGCAAAGGAUUCGAUUGUGGGAAGCUAGCCGAACAAUUAAAGCUUUAUUCUUUGGAUCCGGAAGUUGAGAAGUUGGUAAGUAAAAUGGAGAUGAAAAAAUUCGCAAGAUUAGAUGUCAAGCAAAUUGAAUUGCCCCCAACUCACACAAAAUUGCCGCCAUCCCUUGUUCAACCACCCGUAAUUGGAAUUGAAGGUCUUACCUCAACAUUUGAAGUAUGCUUACUUGGGAAAGAAUGA